UUGGCAACCUGCUCUCCUCUUCUACACCCAACCAUGCGUGGACAAAGUGCGAUUUUGCGAAGGAGACUUCGAUGUGGGAGCCAGGUCACGCCUUCACCCAACUCGCUAUUGAACAAGAUUGUGUUCUGUUGCAAAGUCAAGGGUCACGUGAUAUUUUCAUUUUGGACACUAGUAGUCUUGAAAGUACAGGUCCUAUCAGUGACCCCAAACGACGAGCAGAUUGCAUCCAUACAAAAAUGCUUCUCAAAGCGUCAGAUAGUCUUUUCUUACUUUUCAAGAAAUCCACAAGGGUCUAUUCCAUCUAUUGGCUAGACAAGGAGUACUCAUCUACAGGAAAACGAGCCAACACCGAAGACACGAGCAUCUUUGAAUACGACCUCAGCAGUUUCGCGCGACAUCUAGUGGACGUACGAAUAGAUUCAGAGUGCGAAGCAAUUAAGAUGAAAUAUGGAUGCCUCAUGAUAGUCACAGCUCGACCAACUCUCUACGUUUUCGAUUUCAAUCCGAUCCUCUCUGGACCUACCCCGAGCGAAUUGGCACCCAUUACCGAAUGUGAUUUCACAUUCGCCGUUGACAAUCCUUCUCCAAAUCAGUACAUUGCAACGAGCUGUAUCGACUUUGACGAGCAGUGUAUAUUUCACUGCACAGACGUUGGUUUUCGCAUCGUCAGCCGUAUUACACUCGAGGUGCUCUACUCUCUUCAUGGGGAAGCACCAUGGCAAAAGGUGGCCCCUAAGCACUGGACAAAAUGUGUCACAUCGAAUGCCUAUAUCGCCCCAGUCAGCGAUGAUUCUGGUGAUCCGCGGCUCGAAUGGAGUCAGGGUGGUAGUCGAGUGGGCAAACUCGUCAAGGGUACUGCACUCCAGAGAAAAGACACGGGUUGGAAAUGGAAUGCGAUCAAUAUGCACGUUCAUGACGGUAUGGUGAUCAUUGCGCUUCUCUCUGGCUAUGCUAUCGGCUUCCCAGACUACCGAAAACUCAUAAACAAGGAAUGGAACCUGAAUGAUGACCGGAGUUGCUGGGUACUGGACGUGGAUAAAUGGUGUGACUGGUCUGCUUGUGAUGGAAAGAGAGUCGUAUUCGCAGUUGUAAGUCUGACUUAUAUCCUUCAUGUAUUGGAACUCAAUACCUCCCAGCGUGAUCGCAAUGUCAUUCUAAAUCUGCAUGAGCUACCUAAUAAAAUGGUAUCAGUCGAUACCCCGAUUGUUGAAAUUUCUCGUGGUAUAUGGGAGAGUUCCGGAGCGGCUGGAGCGAGCGUAGCAUUGACCGACCAGAGCCUCUCCUUCCUGGCCAGUCACG